UGAUUAUAAUUUGUGUAUAGAAUUGUGUAAUGCCAACAAAGUGUGCACAUUAUUUGAAUAAAAAACACAGACACGCUUAAUACUGAGCUGCUGCAUUUUAUUCCUGAGCCAAUCCCUCAGGGACUAUUAAAUGUUUUUGGGGCAGGCUAACUAAACUUAUUUUGGGUCAAAAGGGAUGUCUUCUCUCCAAAGAUACAGACUUGGGCCUGGCCCAAGGCACAUUUUAUGCUGUAGUGGACAAAACUAGCUUGAGCCAAACAAAUGGUAGUACUGAAAAAAAGACUUGAAAAAGCAUCUGUGAAGUUGCUCACAGUAACAUUUUUGCCCCUGGAUAGAGAUUGAAAAAGCCCUCCUGGGCCAAGAAUGUUGGGAGUGCUACAUAAACAAUGCUAUCUAGCAAUGCUUGAAUCUAGGAGACAUCUUAUACAGCUGGUCCAGAAUGAUGUUGUUAAACCAGCAGUCUAUAGCACAUCAACACUGACAUGGAUGGACAAAAUGAUGACAAAGACAGUAAGAAUCCAGGUACUAAGCCAUCCAGAAAGGAGGACUAAAUCUGCAGUUCCUCCUUAGUUUGAAGUGUUCCUCUAACUCUUGAUUACUGUUGAAUUUUUGUGAAGAGGCUUAGUUAAAUGCCAACAGGCUUCACCAUCGUGUACACAAACAAUCAGCUUAAAGACAGAGCUGGAGUAAAGCUUUUUGUAUACAGACUGCACUGUAAUGUUUCCUGGUCCCUUUUUGUGUCUUUCCUCAGAGAGUGUGACAGAAGUGAGGACAAACAUCUAUGUGACGAGUUUUGGGCCAGUGUCAGACACAGACAUGGAGUACACCAUCGAUGUCUUCUUCCGUCAGAGUUGGAGGGAUGAGAGGCUGAAGUUUGACGGGCCCAUGCAAGUUUUACCCCUCAACAACCUCCUGGCCAGUAAGAUCUGGACACCUGAUACCUUUUUCCACAAUGGAAAGAAAUCUGUGGCCCACAACAUGACAACUCCGAACAAACUGCUACGACUAGUUGACAACGGCACCCUUCUCUACACUAUGAGGUUGACCAUUCAUGCCGAGUGCCCAAUGCACCUGGAGGAUUUCCCGAUGGAUGCACACGCCUGUCCUCUGAAGUUUGGCAGUUGUAAGUCAGUCCAGAUGGUCAGAGUCAGGAUUGUUCUCUGCAGGUGUUGGGCGCCUUUCCUGUCCUAGAAAAACUUCAAGUCUCAAACUGCACUCAACUAUAGAAAUAUAAUACUAGAGGAUAACUUUCAUGCUUAGAGGUCUGUUUGUUUGGGGGGAGGAUGGGUUUGCAACAUAGCAAAAGUAAACACUGACUUGAAAUGAGAGUUCCCUUAAUAAAGAUGAGCAAGGAAGUAUAACAUUCAACACACUAAAUUAUAAAACAUGUUCAUGUUUCUAGCAUGUGGACACAACUUUAAACACAAUUAAACGGGGGAAUAUCACUCUACUGUUCGUUAGUGCUAGAUUGAUAAAUUGUCUGGGCCAAUAUUGACCAAGAAUGAUCAGUAUCGGCAUAAACACCAAUCAGCCAAAAGAUUAAAACCAAUGACAGGUGAAGUGAAUAACAAUGAUUAUCAUGUUACAAUGGUACCUGUCAAGGAGUGGGAUAUAUUAGGCAGCAAGUGAACAGUCAGUUGUUGAAGUUGAUGUGUUUGAAGCAGGAUAAAUGGGCAAGCAUAAGGAUCUGAGCGACUUUGACAAGGGCCAAAUCUCGAUGACUAGAUGACUGGGUCAGAGCAUCUCCAAAAUGGCAGGUCUUGUGGGGUCUUCCCAGUAUGCAAUGGUCAGUACCUACCAAAAGUGGUCCAAGGAAAGACAACCGUUGAACCUGUGACAGGGUGGUGGGUGCCCAAGGCUCAUUGAUGCACAUGGGAACCAAAGGCUAGCCCAUUAAUGCUGGCUACGAUAGACAUGUGUCAGAACACACAAUGCAUCACAGCUUGCUGCGUUUGGGGCUGUGUAGCUGCAGACAAGUCAGAGUGCUCAUGCUGAUCCCUGUCCACUGCCGAAAACGCCUACAAUGGGCAUGUGAGCGUCAGAACUGAGCAAUGGAAGAAGGUGGCCUGGUCUGAUGAAUAAAAUUUUCUUUUACAACAUUCGGACGACCGGGUGUGUGUGCAUCGUUUACCUGGGGAAGCGAUGGCACCAGGAUGCAGUAUGGGAAGAAGGCAAGCUGGCGGAGGCAGUGUGAUGCUCUGAGCAAUGUUCUGCUGGGAAACCUUGGGUCCUGGUAUUCAUGUAGAUGUUACUUUGACAUGUACCACCUACCUAAACAUUGUCGCAGACCAAGUACACCCCUUGAUGGCAAUGGUAUUCCCUGAUGGCAGUGGCCUCUUUCAGCAGGAUAAUGCACCCUGCCACACUGCAAAAAUUGUUCAGGAAUGGUUUGAGGAACAUGACAAAGAGUUCAAGGUGUUGCUUUGGCCUCCAAAUUCCCCAGAUCUCAAUCUGAUUGAGCAUCUGUGGUAUGUGCUGGAAAAACAAGUCAGAUCCAUGGCAGCCCCACCUCACCCUUAAAGGAUCUGCUGCUAAUGUCUUGGUACCAGAUACCACAGGACACCUUCAGAGGUCUUUUGGAGUCCAUGCAUCAAUGAGUCAAAGCUGUUUUGGUGGCACAAAGGGGACCUACACAAUAUUAGGCAGGUGGUUUUAAUGUUAUGGCUGAUCGGUGUAUGUUGGCUGUUAAGUGACAAGAAAUUUGACCUGCUGCUGGUGCUAGAAGAAAAGUCAGGUGAUCACCAAAGUCAUGAGGAUCUGGGGACCAUGAAUGUCUUCACAAAAUUUCAUGGCAAUCCAUCCACUAGUUGUUGAGACUGAAAUAUCUCAACCAACUGACAUUGCCAUUCCUAGAGCCACAGUGUUAACAUGGCUAAAAAGUGAAUAUCAGCUGAUUUUUUUAAACACUUUAUUAGUAUCAACUUCAAAAAUCUAUCAGGCUUAUCGAUAUUGGGUUGAUACUGUGUAUAACUAAGAGUCAAAAUUGUCUUAGAAUGUGCUCAUCUCAUUUCCUUAUUCCCUGAAGUCUAUAGUAACCUUUUCUACAGCAACUUUUUUGGCCAAGUGUGAGUAGAUAGGAAUUGUAGGAAAAAACAUAAAAAGUUGCCUCAUAUGUUGACUCUAACCCAUGUUCUCCACUGCUUCGUCUCCACUGUUACCCAGAUGCUUAUACCAAUAACGAGGUGAUCUACCUUUGGACCCAGGGAGACGAGAGGUCUGUCGCUGUGGCGGAGGAUGGCUCCAGGCUG